AUGCUGGCAGUCAGAAAUGAAGACAAACGGGUCAAACCAGAAACAAGCUGCGAUUCCUGGAAAAAAAAAAAGCAGCGUGAGGACAAGAAGAGUCUGAAGCGGAGCAGUUUUGUCGAAAAAAUCCCCAAAGAACACAUUAGUUCUAUUUGUGUGUCGUGAUGAUGUCGCUUCCUCCCAACAGGCAGGAAAAAUGAGUCUCCCUGAGGACGUACCGGUCCAUGUGUGGUACACAGAACCACAUAAUGAGCCAAAGGAAGCUGAAAGACAACAGUGCUCCAAGGACCAAGAGGUCCUGCCUAGGACGGGUCAGAGGAAAACAAGAACCUUGAGUCCAAUGCGGAUUUUCAGGGAAGACCUGAACCACUUCAAAGAGGAUUUUUUAAACGUCUUCAAGGACUCCAGGUUGACUCAGGAAGACCCCCAAAACAGAACCGCCCUCAGUCUGCUGAAGGAUGACUUGAACCAGUUCAAAGAGGACAUGUCCAAUGUCUUCAGAAUAAAAGACAAUACAAACACCAAAAUAAAAGCCAGAGGAAGGGAGCACUCAGAAGAACGAGUCAGAGGACACCAGAAGCAAAGCUCAGAGGAGCAGGAGAUCCACAAAGCGGCUGCUGGGAGGACACUUUCAGAACCACGACCAGACCAAAUGGACAUGAGGCCCAACGAGGACGUUUUGCAGGAGAAGACAACAUCCCUUGGCAUAUCAAAGAGCUGUGGCACGUGGACAGAUGCUGCAGGAGACCACCAUGAAGAAGACGGACCAUCACAGAGUCUUCCUCUGGACUUACUGGGACGCGUGUGUUGGCGUGACGCCGCCAGGCAGCAGUUGGAUGGAACCUCCGUCAAAAACUUCGCCUGUUAUUUGACCUUUGACCCCAACACGGCCAACGCCGAGCUGCAACUCAGCGAGUGCAACAGAAAGGCGACUCGCGUCUGGUCGAACCGGAGACCCGGUGAGCAUCCAGACCGCUUCCAGCGCUGUCCUCAGGUUCUGUGUCGCGAGGGCCUGCUGGAGGCGGCGUACUGGGAGGUCCAGUGGAGCGGUGGCGCCGACGUGGGCGUGGCCUACAACAACAUCUCCAGGGACGGGGACGUGGCCAGCUGUCUGCUGGGACACAACCCGAGCUCCUGGAGUUUGGAAUGUUCCGCAGGAAGUUACUCUGCAUGCCACGACAACAAGAGAGUCGCACAGUGCACCCCGCGACCUUUCACCCACAGAGUGGGAGUGUACCUGGACUGGCCUGCUGGCUCUCUGUCCUUCUAUUGCGUAUCCAAGGACACCAUGGUCCACAUCCACACCUUCACCUCCACCUUCACAGAAGCUCUCUACCCCGCCUUCUGGGUUUGGCCUUACCAGGGCUCUGUCUCACUUUGUCAGGUGGAACUGGACUGGGAACGUCUGCUGCAAUGACCUCCUUGUGCGCCUUCUUCUACACCUCCUUAUACACCUUAUACCUAAUAAACAUCUGUAUGCACCUUCUACAUCUUCUACACCUUGUGAUACACCUCCUUACACACCUUGUUCACCUGCACCGACACCUUCUCCAUCUUGGUCUAUACCUCCUUAUACACCUACUUCUACACCUAUUAUAUACCUUUUUAUGCACCUCCUUUUACAGCAAAUGCACCUUCUUCACCUGCUUAUACACCUCCUUCUACACCUUACACGCCUACACCUCCUUACGCACAUUUUAUACCCCCCUCUACACCUUCUUACACACCUUCUUCACCUGCAUCUGCACCUCAUGCACCUGAUGUACCUUCUUAUACACCUUUUUAAACACUUCCUUUUACACCGAGUACACCUUCGUCACCUGCUUAUACACAUUUGAUACCUUCUUAUACACAUCCUUCUACACCUUUUAUGCACCUUAUUUUUCACCUGCAUCGACACCUUCUACACCUGCUUAUACACCUUUUUAAACACCUACAUGUACUUGUACACACCCUCAUGUAUCUUUUUAUUCACCUCC